UUAGGCUAUCCGUCGACGUUCUCCAACACCGGCGCUAACUCUCAGCUGCAGACCAAUUGUCAACAGUCCUCAGCACUGGACUAUCCGUACGCCGGGUUCGGCCACUCGACCGGCUAUUCUCCCUAUUAUAACACCGGUUACGGCAGUUAUAUUCCAAACACAACGUCUAAUGUAAAUACCUCUCCAUCGCCCGCAUCAGCCCUCACGCUCUCCUCCGCCGCCAACUCCUCCACACCUAACGCCACAUAUCAGUUGACACAACUGUCACAACAAACAGAUCAAAAUUUGUCACAUUAUCAUCACAUAGACGACUGUCCAUCGCCUAUAAAGGCUGAAAUUCAUCAAAAUGCCAGCACUGGAGGCGCC